GACGGACUCCUCCCCCCCGUCGGGUUUGAAAUGCUGUAUAAAUGCAGCAUCAGUGUGUCAGCAGCAGUCUGAACGUUAAUUGGCGCCCAAACAUGAAAGGACUGAGCUUGGUUCUUCUCGUUCUUCUCCUGAUGUUUGCGACUGCGGAGGGAGAAGAUCCAGAGAUGCAGUAUUGGACCUGUGGGUACAGAGGACUCUGCAGACGGUUCUGCUAUGCCCAAGAGUAUAUUGUCGGACACCAUGGUUGUCCUCGAAGAUACAGGUGUUGUGCCGUGCGUUCUUAGCACUCUGAUGAUGGUCCAGAGAUGCCUGCAUAGUAGGAGACAACCUGGAAUAUUCUGCAGAGAUGGUUGACUUUCUGCUUCACCACCUCAGCCCACUUUGGUAUCUAAUGAAGUUGGAUCCAACAUAGUUUCUGUAGUGGGUAGAAUAAUAGGUACACCACGCUUUUACGCUGCCGACUGGAAUUGUCUAGGUUAUUUGCUUUGCUGCCAAUAAAUGCAUUAAAAAUAAA